UUUUUAGGCUUCUUAAAGUGGAUUGUGGCUGUCAGUGGCACUCAGGGAAGCUUCAUUAUUCGUCAGAGGGAGGCAAGGCUGUGACUCAUGCCUGCGUGAAGAGACCAAUGGGCAGCCGGAGCCUGAGAUAUAAAUAACGAAUAAAAAAAUAUUCUUGAGGGAGAAAAGGGUCACUUGCGCGCCGCUGGAUGGGAUUUUAUUAGUGCGCUCUGUUGGUAUUCCUCCAUCGCCGCUGCUGGACUGUUCCUUGUCGCGCCUUUGGGUGGCAAUUCUCACAAUCUAGUUGUAGUUUCUCUGGACUCGACAACCUGUGCGCCUGUGAGCCGUUGAAUUAUUUCCCAGCUGGAGAUCAGAUAACAGAGGACUGAUGGCCACGUCUGAACCGAGAGCCACCGGCGGGGACCAGGACCCCAACUCCGACAAUUUAAGACCUCCGUCCUCAACCUACGAAUACGCGUGGAUGCACGGAUGCACACGGAAACUGGGGAUGAAGAUCUGUGGGUUCCUGCAGAAGAACAACAGCCUGGACGACAAGGGGAGGCUCGCGGGACAGAAGAACUUGCUCUCGUGCGACAACAGUGACAGAGACGCGCGCUUCCGCCUCACCGAGACUGACUUCUCCAACCUGUUCGCCAGAGACUUGCUGCCAGCCAAAAAUGGAGAGGAGCCGACCAUACAGUUUUUGUUGGAGAUGGUCGACAUCCUCACCAACUACGUCAAGAAGACUUUCGACCGCUCCACCAAGGUGCUGGACUUCCACCACCCUCACCAGCUCCUGGAGGGGAUGGAGGGCUUCAACCUGGAGCUGUCUGACCAGCCUGAAUCCCUGGAGCAGAUCCUGGUGGACUGCAGGGACACGCUCAAAUAUGGCGUCCGGACAGGUCACCCACGAUUCUUCAACCAGUUGUCUUCUGGUCUGGAUAUCAUCGGUCUGGCCGGAGAAUGGCUCACCUCCACUGCUAAUACCAACAUGUUCACCUAUGAGAUCGCUCCAGUGUUUGUGUUGAUGGAGCAGCUGACUCUGAAGAAAAUGAGAGAGAUGAUUGGAUGGCCCAAUGGGGAAGGAGAUGGACUCUUUUCUCCUGGGGGCGCCAUCUCCAACAUGUACAGUGUGAUGAUCGCACGUUACAAGUAUUUCCCCGAGGUCAAGACCAAGGGCAUGUCUGCCGCUCCUCGCCUCGUCCUCUUCACAUCUGAACACAGCCACUACUCCAUAAAGAAGGCUGGAGCUGCUCUGGGCUUUGGUGCUGAGAAUGUGAUCCUACUGAGCACAGAUGAGAGAGGGAGAGUCAUUCCUGCAGACCUGGAGGCUAAGAUCAUUGAUGCUAAACAGAAGGGUUAUGUGCCACUGUUUGUGAAUGCCACAGCUGGUUCGACAGUGUACGGCGCAUUUGACCCUAUCAAUGAGAUCGCUGACAUCUGUGAGAAGUACAACUUGUGGCUCCAUGUUGAUGGAGCAUGGGGUGGUGGACUUCUGAUGUCCAGGAAGCAUCGCCAUAAGCUUAGUGGAGUGGAGAGGGCCAACUCUGUCACAUGGAACCCUCACAAGAUGAUGGGUGUGCCCCUACAGUGCUCUGCAAUCCUGGUCAGAGAGAAGGGAAUCUUAGCAGGCUGUAACUCCAUGUGUGCUGGCUACCUGUUCCAACCAGACAAACAGUAUGACGUCACCUACGACACGGGAGACAAAGCGAUCCAGUGUGGUCGACACGUUGACAUCUUUAAGUUCUGGCUCAUGUGGAAGGCCAAGGGCACCAUAGGGUUUGAGCAGCACAUUGAUAAGUGUUUGGACCUCUCUCAGUACCUCUACAACAAGAUCAAGAACAGGGAGGGAUAUCAGAUGGUGUUUGAUGGAGUGCCUCAGCACACAAACGUUUGCUUCUGGUACAUCCCUCCCAGCCUGAGAGGGAUGCCUGAUGGUGAAGAGAGGCGAGAAAAACUCCACAGGGUGGCGCCAAAGAUCAAGGCCAUGAUGAUGGAGUCAGGGACUACCAUGGUGGGCUACCAGCCUCAGGGCAAUAAAGUCAACUUCUUCCGUAUGGUCGUCUCCAACCCUGCAGCCACCCAGUCUGACAUCGACUUCCUCAUUGACGAGAUAGAGAGGAUGGGCCAUGACCUGUAGACUCGGCCAUCGCUGCUCUUGUGGCCAGAUGGCGAAAACUACAGGCUUUUAUCUGUUGUAUUUCCGCGGCCAAUGUGGUGAAACAUUCACAGUGCUGCAGACAGAAUAAUGAUAGGACAUGUUUUAGGUUCUUUGUAGCCGGUCUAUGUUUGCCUGAAGCAUUCUGACUGUUUCUCCAACCCGAAGAGAAACUUUCGAUGUUCCUCCAGAUAAAAUAAUAAUAAUAAGAUAUCUGAAAGCUCCACAUUCUCUAAUGUAUGUGUGUUUGUGUGUGUGUGUGUGUGUGUGUAUUAUAUAGUUUCCUGUCCAAUGUAUUUGUCUUUUAAUGUCUGUAUGCGUGUGCCUGAGUGUGUGUUUAUGUGUGUGUACGUGGUGAAACACUGAAAGGGUGAAAAGCACAGAUAAAAAUAUAACAAACUAUCAUGAAAUUAUUCUGCUGUAUCAUACAUUUGCUACACAAAAUUGAAUCAUUGGUGCUUUCAGCUGAACAUUGUAUUUAAUCCCAGUGCACCAACCUAUUUGUCCCAAACCAGUGUCCAAGCCUUGAAGCAGUGUGUGUGCGUGUGUGAGAGUGCAGGUGCGAGUGUAUUCUGUCGUGUAUUUUAGGCUAGCAGUAUGAUAAAAAUAAGCUUAUUAUGACCUAAUGUGCACACCUUAGGUACAAAGUGUGUUAAGCUGAGAGGUUUUAGAUAACCUCCAGCAGCUGGUCUACAGUCUGCAAAAUUUUCCCUCGUUGAAGUUUAACCCUCUAUGGUACGCAUUAUGAUGACAGUUUGUGCUUCGUUGCCUGUAGGCAACAUUGUACCAUAAUGGUAAAAAGUGAAAAAGAGUUGUUGUUUUUUUCUAUUUGAACAUCAUUUAUUUCAUGAACAUGUAUAAAAUGUUCAAACACUUCUACCAGUUACAAUACAUGCCAUUUUAAAUUUAACAUUAUAAAAGAAACUCUUUUAAAGGAUUUCUUGUCUGAAAAUUGCCUGUAGGCAACAUUGUACCAUUGUGGAACAACCCAUUGCACUGCUCUGCACUUUCACUAUACCCUUACAUCCAGGGUAUUUGCACUUCCCCUUUUCUCCACCCAAACAGGCCAAUGGCCAGUGUUUCAAGCAUACAAUAAAAAUAUACAGAAUAAUUCAUUAUAAUUGCAUUUUAUACCACACACAAUUACGGACAAUUUAGAGGAACCAGUUAACCUGUUGAGUGCAUGUCUUUGGACUGUGGGAAGAAGCCGGAGUACACGCAGACACGUGGAGAACAUGCAACCACCACACAGAAAGGUUGAGGUUCAAACCAGGAACCUUCUUGCUGUGAGACAACAGUGCUAACCACUAAAUUUUUAUAUAUAUAUACACACACGCACACACUACCAAAAUUCUGCCAUGUCAAUGCUGCCAUGGUGAUUCCAUCAUGGUACAUUGUUGCCUCAGAGCAACAGUUGCAUUUUAACAAAUUUCCAUUAUUUAGGUAGCAAAUAAAUUGCAUGAAACUAUCAAAAAUUAAGGUUUAUUCACCUAGUAAUGUGAAUAUUACAGAGAAUAUAAUAUACAGAAAAGGGCCAGGACCCUUUUUACCGUGCAAAAUGGCAAAGCUGUUUCCUUUGAAAAAGUCUGCAAAAAAGGAUUUCAACAUGGCCCCCUGAAAGUAAUGUGACAAAUGAAAGCAUUUUUUUAAAAGUAUUGCAUCAUUCAAAGGGAUGCAUUGUGGGGAUUUAACAGGCCCAAAAUGGGUUUGUUGCCUGAGGUCAACACGGUACCAUAGAGGAUUAAGACUUAAAACGUCUUCAGCUAUCCCAAGUCUGUGACAAUUUUUAACGUGUAAAACGCUGGCUCGUUGUCUGUUUCAUGCAAUCAUGUGAUAACCCAUGUGUGUUUAUAACAUUGUUAAGAUAUUAAUAUUUGAUUAUAUAAGAACAAAUAUUUAUUGCAUUUCCACUGUUUGCAGAUUCAGGUAUUUUAUUGUAAAUGUAUCUUUAUGUGUAUUACAUGGUAAUACAUUUGUAAAUGUAAUCACAAGAAUUUGAGUAAAGUUUAUUUAUAGUGAUUUUGUCAGCCAAAGAAAGAGAAUCGGGAACAGAGCAAUCCAUUGUCCUUCAUAUAGAAGUUCUUAGAGAUUAUAGAUGUUUGUAAGAUGUUACCUAUUGACCCUCGACUGCGAUGCAAUUUCUAUAGUGUGUUUCUCUCUGUGAUUGUGAGUCUUUUUGACUGAAUGUUUUGAGACGACUGACUGGCCUUCUGAUGAGAUUAAGAAUGAAUUCUAUAUGAUCCUCUGGCCGUCGUGCCAGUCUUUUAUUUCAGAGAGAAGCACAAGGGUGUGGGAAUGUACUCUCUCCUGUAGGGAAUGGGAAGGAAGGAUUGUUGUAUCUGUCGGAAUCCUAAUGCAUUUACUGUAAUAUAAUAUAUUAAUUGUAAUACAUAUUACCUGUAUUCUCAGUGUUAUGGGAGCUCAAUGGAAUAUCUUGUAUAAAGAGUUCCUGUUUGUGUCUUUGCACAAUGUUCACCUUUCUUUCUUCCAUUGUAAAUGGAUGUGUACUAUAUAUUAUAUAAGACUUAUGUUAACAAAAAUAUUUAUGGUGUCUAGGGACCAUAUGUGAAUGGCACAAAUGCAUAAAUCAUGUUUAAGGUAAUCUGUGUACUGUAUGUGGCCAGUGACUCCUGUGUGUAACCAAUCUGGUUUUUUGAUUAAGCCAGCUGUAAGGGAACGUUUGCCAGGAGUCUUUCAGUAGUCACUUUAACAGAAUUAUACCAUCUCGAAAAAUAUCUUUAAUAAAGUCUAUUAAAGGGA